CAAUGACUGCCGAAGCCGCGCUCCAGUCCGCUCUGUGGAUUCUCUAUUCGCGUAUCCAAACAAUCCCUUCGCCCACCUUCGUCCUGACUUCCGUUCCCUCAAACCGCUGCUUCAAUCUCCCAUUCAGUGAGCGGGAGGAGGGAGAAGACGAAGACCUAGGAACUCAGGGUCACGGCCAUGGCGUCCAAUCCGAAACCUAGCAAAGCCAAACCCUCCGAUACCAGAGAAGAAGGAGAAGUAUCAUCCUCGGACAACGACACUCAUGAUACGCAUCCUUUUUGUUCUGCUGUGCCUGCUUCAGUCCCAUCACCAACAUCAUCCAUUCUUCCCCCUAAGAAUAAAUGUAACGCAGGGAUCCAGGCUGCUUCUAUUGAUGUUUGCACAAGAACAUCCUUGCAACCUACUUCUCAGAAGAUAUGCAAUAACGAUCAAGUUGUACAUAGAACUAGUUCUCCUUGGGGUGCUUCCAGAGAGGCCAAUUCGAAUCUAGUGAUAAGCUUCUCAGAUGAUAGUGGCAGUGACUUGGAGGAACGUGGUAAAGAGAAAACUUCAAAAUCUUAUGGUAAUGCUGUUAGACAUCUUAAGCCACCUACAUCAUUAGUUGAUAAAUCACAUAAGUUUCGCACUAUGACAAGGAACAAAGUAGUGGCAAACAAAUUGUCUUCGAGUUUGACCAAAACUCCUGGAGCAAAUUUCAAGGGUGCUGUUGGGCCCUCCUUGGCUGAACAAGGAUCUAGAACCAGAGCUCUCAGUGGAAACCUACCGAGUCAAGGGCGUGGAAAUGAUCAAGGAAUGAAUUUGAACAGUAGUAAGCUGCAGGAUUUGCGGGAGCAGAUAGCCUUUUGGGAAAGCAAACUGAAGCUGAAGUCUGUUCAACAGAACAAGGAGAUGGUUUCAGUUACAAACCAGGAUUAUACUGUCACGAAUUCAAAAUCUGAUUUGGGUAGUAAAGGGAAUGCCACCAUAGCCCGUUUUCCUCCACUGGGGCCUAAGGAACCAGAUGCAAAGCGUAUGAAAAUCAGUGCGUCUUAUUCUACCAAGAUGAAUUCAGGUGGGCAACAACAUCUAUGUGCAGAAAACGCUGUAAAAUCUGUUUACUGGCCACAACAGCCCGGCAGAGAGACACAGAACAUUAAGGUCACUUUUGACCGGAAAGGGAAUUCUGUGUGUAGAGAAGAGUCCAGUAUGUUGAAGCAGAGGAAGGAAGGCAUCAGGCAUGUGGCUACUUCACCUUCACCUGCGAGCAACCCUCGCAAAGUACAGGAUGGUACCAACAUUGUUGCUAAUGACAGUCAAUCAGAUUGGGUUAGUAAGCAGGUGGAUCCUCGCCCUCUUGUUGUUUUAGAUCAAGCUACGGUGCUCCCAAAUAUAGCAUCCAAUGGCCAAACUCAGUUAGAUAAUGUUGAGUUUCACAGUCAAAGUGAUGUCCUUCAACCAUUUGCUUCAACUGCAAAACAUUUUGAAGGAACAUGUCCUCAAUCAGCAUCCCAUGUCAAGAUACACGAGUCAUUCAGUAGUUUCUUUAAGUCGUUGAUCAACAAUAAAAGCACUGGAAAUGUCUUUGGUAAUUCUUCAAGUUGCAUGGGCUCCAGCAGUUUUGAUCUCCAAUCACUAUUUGAAGUGGAGGAGUCUCUAGACAAGGAGCUGGAAGAAGCACAAGAUUUCAGGCGCCGAUGUGAAAUCGAAGAAAGAAAUGCUUUCAAAAUUUAUUCUAGAGCUCAAAGGGCUUUGAUUGAGGCUAACUCUAGAUGUCUUGAUCUUUAUCACAAGAGAGAAUUAUUUUCAGCUCAUUUUCACUCUUUUUGCAUGAAUAAUCCCGGUUUAGUUAGUUCCUCAAGACAGCAAGACGACAUGAGAAUUGGUGUGGAUCACUCAAAUAGCAUGUCUGAAAAUGCAAACAGAGCUUCUCCUUCGUAUCAGAAGCAUUCUGAAUAUAAUAGUUUUGCUCAGCAACAGGAUGGUGUAAAUAUGCAACAUGAAAAUGCUACUCCCAUCAAUACUUCAAACCUGCACGUGAAUGGGCAAAAUUUGGGGUCUGAGCCUGGAUCAUGCUCUGAAUUAUGUGGUAAUACAUUGGAUUUAGUGCCUUCUAAGGGCAAGAAUACUGUAGAUAGAAUUCUCUCUCCAUCCACUGAUCCAAAUGUUUCAGUGGAUGGAGAUGAAGAGUCAUUUCCUUCUGACCAUGAAAUGAUUGAUUCCUAUGAUGAAUGCUAUAUGGGAAAUAAAUUCUUUGAAGAUGAUCAAAUGGAGGCAUGUAAUAUGUCGAAGAAAAACCACUCUGACAAUAACACCGAGGAUUCUUUGCGUCUAGAAGCAAAAUUAAGGUCUGAACUAUUUGCACGUCUAGGUACAAGAAAUUUGUCAAAGUCUUGUAGUCCAUGUGAUAACAUUCAGGCUACGGUGGAACUGGGGGCUGAAAAUGAUGCCAAAAAUGACAAAAGUCAGCAAAAGAAUACAGAACCUACAGUAGGACAAGCAGUUGGAAAUGACGUUGACCUCAGAAGUGAGAAGACUGAGAAUGUUUUACUAUCAGGAAAGCGAGAUCAGCAUUUUGGUUUUGGAGGCACAGAUAGAUGUGAGACCCCAGAUGACAUCCAUAAUCGUUGUCAUGUUGAAAAUUUUCUGUUAGAGACUCAUGAUUCUUCAGACUCUGAUGACAAUGAACCAUCCAAUAGAGAAGGUCCUUGCUCCAAAACUUUUAGUUCUACACCUCUGACUUUGAACAGUGUUUUGCAACAUAUAAAGGCUAUAUCCUCGGUUAGUAUAGAAGUCUUGCUUACUAGAACCCGAGGGAGUCUUUCUAAUCUUGGUUUUCCUGAGGAGGGUGCUUCUCUGGAAGUAGAUCAUAUCCACUGGAGAGAAUUAAAAGAGUACUCUAUACAUGAGGCCAUCAGACUUACGUAUCAGAGUGAUGGCUCUUAUAUUGAUGAUCUUGAAAUCGAUCCAUUUUUGCCACUUUGCAUGUAUGAACUCCGUGGAAAAUGCAACAAUGAUGAAUGUCCUUGGCAACACGUGAAGGACUACUCUGAUAGCAGUAGGAGGCAGUGUCAGCAUGGUCAAAGUAAUCAUUCUGAAUCUUGCAAUGGACUAUCAUCUUCUACGGAUGAAACAAAAGUCUUCAAGUAUGAAGAUCUGACUCCUCCAACUUACCUGGUUGGCGUAGAUAUUCUAAAAGCUGAUUCACAUUCAUAUGACCCUGUUUUAGUACGGAAAAUUAGUCAAUGCUGGCAAAACUUUUUUAGUAUUUCUUUGACGUUACCAAAUUUGCUCCAAAAGGAUGCUUCUGCUGAUGGGCUAUUUCUACACGAUGCUCGUAUUGAGGCCAAGGGAAGUUGGAAUAGACAGUCAUCAUAUUUUCAGAGUGGAAGCACAAUAUUGAGUCAGCUGAAACAGGCUGAUGAGAACCAAACUCUGGAAACAGCUCUAAUUAUUCUUAACCAGGAAACAAACAGUCGAGAGAGCAUGAGAAAGGCUCUUCUUGUACUAUCACGUGCUGUAGAGAAUAAUCCAGCAUCUAUAGCUAUCUGGACGGUUUAUCUCCUUGUAUUCUACAGCUAUACUACAACAAGAGAGAAGGAUGACAUGUUCUCUUAUGCGGUCAAGCACAAUGGGCAAUCGUAUGAGCUCUGGCUCAUGUAUAUCAACAGUCGCAUGAAUCUUGAUGCUCGAUUGGCUGCGUAUGAUGCUGCACUUUCUGCACUCUGCAACAAUAGAUUUACUCAUAACUUGGAUGGGAAACAUGCUAGUGCCUAUAUCUUAGACCUGAUUCUACAGACGACAAAUUGUUUGUGCAUGUCCGGGAAUGUUGAGAAGGCUAUUCAGAGGAUUUUUGGACUUAUUCGAGUUGCAAUGGAUUCUGAUGAGCCUUAUUCUUUUACACAUUCUGAUAUGCUCACAUGCUUAAAUAUAUCUGACAAAUGUAUUUUCUGGGUUUGUGUUGUGUAUUUAGUUAUUUACAGGAAACUGCCUCAUGCUGUAGUGCAGCAGCUUGAAUGUGAGAAAGAACUGGUCGAGAUUGAAUGGCCUACCAUUCAAUUGACAGAUGGUGAGAAGCAGAGGGCUUCUAGGGUGGUCAAGAAAGCCGUAGAUUUUGUUGAUUCAUGCUUGAACAAUGAAUCACUUGAAAGUAAAAGCUACCAAAAAUCUGUUCAAAUGUUUGCUGUCAAUCAUAUAAGGUGCUUGAUGGCAUUUGACGGCGUAGGAUUCAGUAGGAACUUGUUGGAUAAAUAUGUUAAACUCCAUCCGUCUUGCUUAGAACUUCUUUUACUUCAAGUGCGGGGAAAUGGACAUGACUUUGGGGAUGAGACUGUUGUGGCAUUUGAAGAAGCGAUCAGGAACUGGCCAAAAGAAGUACCUGGGGUCCACUGCAUCUGGAAUCAAUAUGCUGAAUAUUUACUUCAGAAUGGGAGAUUCAAAUAUGCUAAAGAACUAAUGGUGCGCUGGUUUGACUCUGCUUCAAAGAUGGAUUGUUGUCAAACUAGAAUAUUGGAUAAUAGUGAUUGCAACUCCUUGCACUUGCCAGAUUCAGGAUCAAUUUUACAUGCAUUAGAUUGCAGUCCCAACGAGAUGGAUGUAGUGUUUUGGUAUCUUAAUCUUUCUGUUCAUAAGUUACUGCAGAAUGACCAAUUAGAAGCACGUUUGGCCUUUGACCAUGCUUUGAAGGCUGCUGGAUCUGGGACUUUUAAACAUUGCAUGAGAGAGUAUGCUAUGUUUUUGCUUACUGAUGAAUCCUUGCUGAAUGAGGCUGCUUCUAUUGGUGGAAUAAGGAGCAUUUUAGAGGGUUAUCUCAAUGACGUGCGAGCUUUCCCUGUCCCUGAGCCAUUAUCCAGAAAAUUCAUCAACAAUAUCAAGAAGCCAAGAGUUCAGCUUCUUGUGAGCAACAUGUUGUCUCCAAUUUCUCCAGAUGUUUCUCUAGUGAACUGUAUUCUUGAAGUCUGGUAUGGGCCAACCCUUUUACCCCCAAAAUUUAGCAAACCAAAGGAAUUGGUGGAUUUCGUAGAAACCAUCUUGGAAAUGUUGCCUUCUAAUUAUCAGUUACUAUUUUCUGUCUGCAAGCAAGUAUUCAGUGGUAACGACUCUUCCCAAGUUGCCUCUGCCAGCCUUAUUUUCUGGGCCAGCUCAAAUUUGAUCAGUGCAAUUCUCAAUGCUGUCCCAAUACCACCAGAGUUCAUAUGGGCAGAAGCUGCCAAUAUUCUAGUCAAUGUCAAAGGUUUUGAAGCCAUAACAGAGAGGUUUCACAAGAGAGCUUUAUCAGUAUACCCAUUUUCUGUUCAGCUGUGGAAAUCAUACUAUAACAUAUGUAAAAAUAGAGGAGAUACGAGUGCUGUUCUGCAAGCAGUAAACGAAAAGGGAAUCAAACUCGACGAGUCUUCUUUACAAUAGGAUCAGUAAAAUCACAGGAAAAUUAGAGUCAGUUUUUAGUUGUGGGAGAAGCCUCAAAUGUACAGAUAGCUUACUUCAUACUGUUUAGGCGCGGUAGUUUCGCCAGUUUUGCUAAGUGGUAGAUAGCUAAUUGCGGCUAGGAAUUAGAUAAACAACAUUUGCAGAGUGAGAAAAAGAUUGAUUUGAGACCUCAUUGGAAUUGGAUUUGUUGAGUGAGGGCGUUAUCAGGUUUCAGUUUGUUGAGGGAUUUGUAAAGAUAAGGUCUUCCCCAUCUUUCUUGGUAGCUGACAUUGUUUUGUCUUGUUCUUCAUCAUCUUUCUCCGCCUGCUAGAAAUAGUUUCUCGAAUUCACUUUACCCUUCUAAAUGUAAGUACACUAACCAUUUUUAGGUUGAAAUGAAAAGGAACCGCAUUGGAUGCUCAUUCGUUGAA